CAGCCAGCCGGGCUGCAUACAAUAGCAAGGCUGCGGCUGGGGCCGAAGGUACGGCCGCACGGUGGGCGCCCCUCACCGCUCGCCCACACCCUCCCGUCCCACUUCACCCUCAGGCUGCACGGGGUCCCCUCCGCGAUCACCGGCCCUUCGCAGUCGCGUCUGCCCCCCUCAGAGCCCGCGCUCGCCACAGUCUCCUCCGAGAACGCUCCCCUCAGCGAGCGCACCCCGCCCCCUCGCAGUCCCGGCGCGCCUCCUGCUCCCCGCGGCCCGCAGCGGCCCGCCCUCCGGACCCCGGGCCUGAGGGAACCCGGCGGGAGCGGUGUGAGGAGAACGCGGGGCGGCCGCCCGCGCACACUCCCGCGCUCUCUCCGGGCUCGGCCGCCGCCAGGAGGAGGAGGAGGAGGAGGAGCGGAGCGAGCGCAGAAGUAGCUGCUGCUGGUGGUGGUGACAAUGUCAAAUAACGGCUUAGACAUCCAGGACAAACCCCCAGCCCCUCCCAUGAGAAACACCAGCACUAUGAUUGGAGCUGGCAGCAAAGACACUGGGACCCUGAACCACGGCUCCAAACCUCUGCCUCCAAACCCAGAGGAGAAGAAAAAGAAGGACCGAUUUUACCGAUCCAUCUUACCUGGAGAUAAAACAAAUAAAAAGAAGGAGAAGGAGCGGCCAGAGAUUUCUCUUCCUUCAGAUUUUGAGCAUACCAUUCAUGUUGGUUUUGAUGCUGUCACAGGGGAGUUUACGGGGAUGCCAGAACAGUGGGCCCGCUUGCUUCAAACAUCAAAUAUCACCAAGUCAGAGCAGAAGAAAAACCCACAGGCUGUUCUGGAUGUGUUGGAAUUUUAUAACUCUAAGAAGACCUCCAAUAGUCAGAAGUACAUGAGUUUUACAGAUAAGUCAGCUGAAGAUUAUAAUUCUUCUAACACUUUGAAUGUGAAGACUGUGUCUGAGACCCCAGCAGUGCCACCAGUGUCAGAAGAUGAAGAUGAUGAUGAUGAUGCUACUCCACCUCCGGUGAUUGCUCCACGCCCAGAACACACAAAAUCUGUAUAUACACGAUCUGUGAUUGAACCACUUCCUGUUACUCCAACUCGGGAUGUGGCUACAUCUCCCAUUUCACCUACUGAGAAUAACACCGCUCCACCAGAUGCUUUGACCCGGAAUACUGAAAAGCAGAAGAAGAAGCCUAAAAUGUCUGAUGAGGAGAUCUUAGAGAAAUUACGGAGCAUAGUGAGUGUGGGCGAUCCUAAGAAGAAGUAUACACGGUUUGAGAAGAUUGGACAAGGUGCUUCAGGCACAGUGUAUACUGCAAUGGACGUAGCCACAGGGCAGGAGGUGGCCAUUAAACAGAUGAAUCUUCAGCAGCAGCCGAAGAAAGAGCUGAUUAUUAAUGAGAUCCUGGUCAUGAGGGAAAACAAAAACCCAAAUAUUGUGAACUAUCUGGACAGUUACCUUGUGGGAGAUGAGCUAUGGGUUGUCAUGGAAUACUUGGCUGGAGGCUCUUUGACAGAUGUGGUGACAGAAACCUGUAUGGAUGAAGGCCAGAUAGCAGCUGUAUGCCGAGAGUGUCUUCAAGCUUUGGAGUUCCUACAUUCAAACCAAGUCAUUCACAGAGACAUCAAGAGUGACAACAUUCUGCUGGGAAUGGAUGGCUCCGUCAAGUUAACUGACUUUGGAUUCUGUGCACAGAUAACUCCAGAGCAGAGCAAAAGGAGCACCAUGGUCGGAACUCCAUAUUGGAUGGCACCUGAAGUUGUAACACGGAAGGCCUAUGGACCCAAGGUUGACAUCUGGUCCCUGGGUAUCAUGGCAAUUGAAAUGAUUGAGGGGGAGCCCCCAUACCUCAAUGAAAACCCCUUGAGAGCCUUGUACCUCAUUGCCACCAAUGGGACCCCAGAGCUUCAGAACCCAGAGAAGCUGUCGGCUAUUUUCCGGGACUUUUUGAACCGCUGUCUUGAGAUGGAUGUGGAGAAGAGAGGUUCAGCUAAAGAGCUACUGCAGCAUCAGUUCCUGAAGAUUGCCAAGCCCCUCUCCAGCCUCACGCCACUGAUUGCGGCAGCAAAGGAGGCAACCAAGAACAGUCACUGAAACCACGCUCACCCCAGCAUCAUCGUGCCAAGCCUUCUAGGAAAGAAACACUUGUUUCGGGAACUCCCACCCCUCAUGUCCUCCUCUCCUGGCCUUGCUUCUCCCAUUUCCUGAUCUAGUGCUCUCAAGACUUCGAUCCUUGGAAACCAUGUGUCAAGCACUGACGAGAACUGCAGACUGGAUGACCUAUCCAGCACUGGCUGUUUCUAAAUAGGAACCCCUUCCAGUUCGUGGGCAUGGGGAGGUGACUUACGAGCAAGGGUUACCUGAAUAAACCUGUUUCUACGAAACAGAGAUCUCAACCAUCCCCUUCCUUACCCCUCACAAGCAAUUCUUGACUACAUAAAUUUAUGGUUUGAUAGCAUUAUCAAUUUGCAAUCAGUUGAAAUUUCUUUAGUGCUUUCUUUCUGUGACCAAAUUGCCCAAACACUUCAUUGUAUCUGAAAACCGUAACAGCUUUGGAAUGCCAUGGGGCCUGAUAAUCUGCCAGGGACAUGAAGUGGCUCUGUUUCCUGAACCAGACCUUGGUGCAGCUGAUCCUGACAUGGGAGAACUGCCAUGUUUUUCUCUGUGUGCUUCUAGCAGCUGUUUGGGAGAACCAUGAUCCAGUAGUGUUCCCUGUGCUAUUUCUAGUGAAAUGGUCUUAGCUAUGUAGCAGCUUUUGAUUCCCUGCAUCCCCUAGGCUGCUGCCUGCAUUCUGUUAUAAAUCUUAUUUAUAGCAUUGAGAGAUUCCUAGAGCACAUGCUGAGGAAGAGCAGAGUGAGAAGUGAGAGGGCAAGUGCAGCUACUUUUAGCAUGUGGCUGGGCUUCAGCACCUGUCCAGCUAUACUAUGUGGUAUUUCAAGAUCUCAGCCUCUGUUUCUACCUGGGAUAAGGAGCUGAAAGAUGAACUCAGAUCUUCCGGUAGCUUAACUAUUUCAGUCAAAAGAAAAGGUCUCCAAAUCUGAGAUGAUGUGCUACUAGUGACAAGGGGACCCUCUUUUUAAAUGCAUGACCAAGCUCUCUGCAAAUGGACAUGCUUUCUCUGGGUGUUGGGGAUAUUUGCUACCUCCUGCUUUCUUUGUGGUUUUGGUUCUCCCACUGUGGUAGGAUGCUUGGCCAGCAUUGUGGCUUGUCAUGUCAGCCCCACUGACUACUUUGUCAUGCUCAGAGGUACUAUUGCCUCAGCAGCACAAGUUUCUAUUUCCUUCAAUAAAAGGAAAUGAAAAUAUGCUA